AUGUAUUAUGAUGAAGUCCUGGGGAUUGCCUACCUGAAUAUGAUUGUAUUUGGAAUCCUUGGAAACGCUUUCCUGCUUUAUCAAUUCAGCCUUAAGUUCAUUACUAAUCACAGAACAAGACCUAUAAACCUCAUUAUCAUUCAUUUGGCUUUUGCCAAUGUCACAAUGAUUCUCUUCCGGAGCAUCCCCACAAUAAUGGAGGUCUGGGGGCUGGCAUCUUCCCUAGAUGGCACUGGGAAGAAAAUCAUAACAUACCUGAUGGGAGUAGUCCGGAGUCUUUUCUUUUGUGGCACUUGCCUGCUAUGUGUUUUCCAGGCCAUCACCAUCAAUCCCAAUAUCCCUAUGUGGAUGAAACUCAAGACCAGAGACCCAAAGUAUAUCAUUACCUGCUGUUUCCUUUUAUGGAUCUACAAUCUGCUGAUAGAUGCCAUUGUGCCUGUAUAUAUGGUAGGUUUAAUGAAUAGCACAGACACUGAGAAAAGAUGGAGCACCGGCUAUGUGCAUAUAGACUUUUAUAAUGCAAAUACUGUAAAAAUUAUAAUCUGGAAAUCUGUUUGUUAUAUUGUAUUUCUAUGUCUCAUGGUCUUUUCAAGUGGCUACAUGGUAUUUAUCCUCUACAGUCACAACCAACAAAUCCAGUACAUUCACAGCACAAGGAUUUCCCCAACAGCAUCUCCUGAGAUAAGAGCUACUAAAGCCAUUCUAUUGCUGGUGAUUACCUUUGUCUGCUUCAACUCAGUCAGUUCCCCUUUAAUUGUCUUUAUGGCUUCUUCUAAAGUAAUUAGGGUUCAAGUGGUACAUAUUACAGUCCUUCUUUCCCUUUGUUAUCCAGUUGUUAGUCCUUUUAUGCUAAUCAGUAUUGACAAUCGGAUUUGCUAG